GUGGGGCAGGAGCGCGUAGGCGUGCUGCUGCUCAACCUGGGCGGCCCCGACAGCCUGGAGGACGUGCAACCCUUCCUGUACAACCUGUUUGCGGACCCAGACAUCAUCCGCCUGCCGUCGCCGGUCCAGUUCCUGCAGCCCACCAUCGCGCAGCUCGUGUCUACGCUGCGCGCGCCCAAGAGCCGCGAGGGCUACGAGUCCAUUGGUGGGGGCUCGCCGCUGCGCCGCAUCACUGAGGAGCAGGCAGCUGCGCUGCGCGACAGCCUGUGCGCCAAGGGCAUCAACGCGCAUACCUAUGUGGCCAUGCGCUACUGGUUUCCCUUCACAGAGGAGGCGAUGGCGGCGGUGAAGCGCGACGGCAUCACGCAGCUGGUGGUGUUGCCCCUCUACCCCCAGUUCUCCGUCUCCACCAGCGGCAGCAGCCUGCGCCUGCUGGAGCGGCUGCUCAAGGAGGAUCCCGUGCUCACGCGGGUCAAGCACGUGGUCAUCCCCUCCUGGUACCAACGCCCCGGCUACGUGCGCGCCAUGGCAGAUCUGAUCGUGGCAGAGCUGACGUCGGGGGCCUUUCCGCAGGACCAGCUGGACGAGGUGGAGAUCUUCUUCUCUGCCCACGGCGUGCCGGUAUCAUACAUUGAGGAGGGCGACCCGUACAAGGAGGAGAUGGAGGAGUGCGUGCAGCUGGUGAUGGCGGAGCUGCAGCGGCGCGGCGUUGCCAACUCCCACACCCUAGCCUACCAGUCGCGUGUGGGCCCCGUGGAGUGGCUCAAGCCAUACACAGACGACUCGAUCAGGGAGCUGGCCAACAGUGGCGUACGCAGCCUGCUGGCGGUGCCAAUCAGCUUUGUGUCGGAGCACAUAGAGACACUGGAGGAGAUUGACUGCGAGUACAGGGAGCUGGCAGAGGAGAGCGGCAUUGAGCACUGGGGGCGCGUGCCGGCGCUGAACACCAAUCCCACCUUCAUUGAUGACCUGGCGGACGCGGUUGCCGAGGCGCUGCCCUAUGUAGGCUCCCUGCAGCGCUCCGCUGGUGCAUCCAUCACCUCGUCCCUGACGUCGAGCGACUCGCUGGUGCCGCUGGGCGAGGUGGACGCGCUGCUGGAAACGUAUGACCGUGACCGCAAGGCGCUGCCCCCGCCCGUGUUGAUGUGGAAGUGGGGUUGGACCAAGAGCGCGGAGACGUGGAAUGGCCGCAUAGCCAUGCUGGCCCUCGUGCUCAUCUUGCUGCUGGAGGGGACCACGGGCCGGGGCGUGAUCAACAAUCUGCUGCAAGUCCAUCACCUGAUGCCGCCAGCAAACUAG